AUGGCAACUCCAAAGAUUUCAGUACUCUUCAUCAUGGUCUUAGCCAUGGUUCAUCUCUCCAUAGCCCAAAACUCUCCGGAAGACUACCUUGAGCAGCAUAAUGCGGCUCGAGCCAACGUGGGAGUCAAGCCGCUUGUAUGGAACAAAACCUUGGAGGAAUAUGCCGAGAACUACUCUACUGAGAGGAGCACCAACUGUAACAUGGUGCAUUCUAACGGGCCAUACGGCGAGAACCUAGCCCUAGGCUCGGGUGAUUUUGGGGCGGCGGAGGCGGUUAAGUUGUGGGUGGAUGAGAAGAAGUAUUACAACUAUGAAGCCAAUAUUUGUGUUCUUUCCGAUGUAGGGUGCUUGCAUUAUACUCAAGUUGUUUGGAACACGACCACCGACGUUGGAUGCGGUAGGGUUCUUUGCAAGAAUCUGGACUUGUGGUUCAUCACUUGCAGCUACUAUCCCCGGGGAAAUUACAUCGGCAACCACCCUUACUAA